AUGGAUGCUGAAUAAGAAGAUGAUAAUUGGAUGCCUCUUGAAUCCAAUCCCCAAGUUAUGAACGAAUAAGCAAUCAAACUCGGCAUUAAUUUGGAACUAGCCUAAUUCCAUGAUCUGCUGGGUUUUGAAGAUUGGGCUUUCGAGAUGAUUCCCUAACCAAUCUAUGGAGUGUUGUUUAAUUUUCCACUCAAAGAGAACACGAAGCAAUUUGUAGAAUAAGAAGCAGCUUAAAUUUAAGAGAAAGGUUAACAUGUUUCUCCAAAUCUUUUCUAUAUGAAGUAAUUUGCUAUGAAUGCCUGUGGCACAAUCGCCAUUGUUCAUGUGGCUCUUAAUGCUGACAAUGCCAUCAUUCAAGAGGGAAGCUAUUUGGCAGAUUUUAAAAAGAAAGCUUAAGGGAAGACUCCUCAGGAAAUUGGAUAAGCGUUAAAAUAAGCUAAAGAGGUCAAACAGGUUCAUAAAGAGGCUGUCUAAUAAGGGGAAAGCGCUUGCUGUGAUGAUGUCGAUCGUCAUUUCAUAGCUUUUGUGUUAAAGGAUGGUGAUAUCUAUGAAUUAGAUGGCUGUAAAUAAUUUCCCAUUAAUCAUGGCAAAUCGACUCCAGAAACAUUUUUAGCUGAUGUGUCUAAAGUCAUUCAAAAGUUCUUUGAAAGAGAUCCAAAUGAAGUGUCAUUUUCAACUGUUGUAUUAGCUAAGGCUGUUUAAGAAUGAGAUUCAUUAUAAUAUUGAAAGUUUAUUAUUCAUAUCUA